AGAGGCAGAGCAACCAUUCACCCAGCCGUGUGCCUGUCCACUUGGCCCUCGUACCUCCCACCCGCCCUCUGUUGCCAACUUGGCUGGUUCGCCAUGGCGGGUCUCCGUCUCGCCGCGUACGCCGUGCUCCUCUGCCUUCUGCUCUCCCCGUCCGCCGCUCUCCGAUGGCUCGCCGACAAGGAGCCGGAGACAGCCGCCGCCGCCGGCCAGGACAGCUUCCGGACCGCCUACCACUUCCAGCCGGCCGAGAACUGGCAGAACGAUCCAAAUGGGCCGAUGUACUACAAGGGUGUCUAUCACUUCUUCUACCAGCACAACCCGUACCUGGCCACCUGGGGCAACGGCAACCUCUCCUGGGGCCACUCCGUCUCCGUCGACCUCAUAAACUGGUCCGCCCUCGACAACGCCAUGGACCCGGACUCCUCCUUCGACAUCAACGGCUGCUGGUCCGGCUCCGCCACCUUCCUCGCCGACGGCACCCCGGUCUUCCUCUACACCGGCAUCGACGCCGACAACAACCAGGUCCAGAACGUGGCCUACCCCAAGAACGCCUCCGACCCGCUCCUCCGCGAGUGGGUCAAGCCCAGCUAUAACCCCGUCAUCGCGCUCCCCGACGACGUCGUGCACGACAACUUCCGGGACCCCUCCACGGCGUGGAUUGGCCGUGACGGCCUCUGGCGCGUCGCCGUCUCCGCGGGGCUCAAGGAUGGCACGGGGUCCACGCUGGUGUACCGCAGCAAGGACUUCCGGCAAUGGGAGCGCAACGCCGAGCCGCUGUACUCGUCUGGCGACGCUGGCAUGGUGGAGUGCCCGGACCUUUUCCCCGUGGCGGGGCCUGGCGACCAGAACGGGCUCGACUACACGCCCUCGAACGGCGCGGCGGCGAGCUACGUGCUCAAGCAGAGCGUGAUGGUCACCCUCAGCGACUACUACGUGUUGGGGCGGUACGACGACGGCGCCGACACCUUCUCGCCGGUGGGGGCGGACAACGACUGCCGGACAUGGCACCGCUUCGACUACGGCCACGUCUACGCGUCCAAGUCCUUCUACGAUGCCGGCAAGAACCGGCGCGUGCUCUGGAGCUGGGCCAACGAGUCGGACCCCGAGGCCGACUACCUCGCCAGGGGCUGGGCCGGCGUGCAGACCGUCCCGAGGAGGAUCUGGCUCUCCGACGACGGGAAGCAGCUGCUGCAGUGGCCUAUCGAGGAGAUCGAGACACUGAGGAAGACGCGGGUCGGGUUGCUUGGAGCAGAGAUGAACGCCGGUGGCAUGAACGAGAUCAUCGGCGUCGCCGGCAUGCAGGCCGAUGUGGAGGUGGUCUUCGAGGUCCCAUCCCUAGAGGGCGCCGAAAACCUCGACCCCAACCAGCUGCUUGACCCGCAGAUGCUCUGCGGUGAGAAGGGCGCGUCGGUGCUCGGCGGCGUCGGCCCCUUUGGGCUGAUCGUCCUAGCCUCCGGCGACCUGCAGGAGCACACCUCCGUCUUCUUCAGAGUGUUCAGGCACGAUGGCAAGUACAAGGUUCUCAUGUGCACCGACCUCAGAAGGUCGACCACGAGAGCCGACGUGUACAAGCCGCCGUACGGAGGGUUUGUGGACAUCGACAUCGAGAAGGAGAGGAGCAUAUCACUAAGGACACUGGUUGACCACUCGGUGGUGGAGAGCUACGGCGGCGGUGGCCGGACGGUCAUCACGGCGCGGGCCUACCCGGAGCACGUGGCGACGGCCAACAGCCGCCUCUUCAUGUUCAACAAUGGCACCGGCGCCGUCAAGGUGUCCAAGCUCGACGCGUGGGAGCUGGCGCCGGCCAAAGUGAACCUCCCCGGCGACGGGCUCAUCACCGCUGCCUCCUCCAUGCACCUACGCCAAGCGUAUUAGGAGGAGAGUGUGAUUAGUAGUUCGUUUGGUUCGGCGGGUGGCCUUAUUAUGCGGCCGAUUGGAUUUCCGUGGCCAAAUUAUGGUCUUUUGGGGGUGUAUUUUGGGGAAUUCUUUAGUUGUGUAUGUCAGGAUAGUGUAUCUGUCAGGAUAGUGUAAGUAGUAUAAGAAAGCCCAUAAGAAAGAAGAGUAGUCGAAGAGAGUUCGCUGAUUAACACAUGUCAGCGAACAGUCCGCGUCGUGUUUAUUCUGUGAAAAGAAAUAUAGAAAGUACAUAUGUUCUACGUUUC